AUGGGAUUGACAGCUGCUGAACGUAGAAGAAUUCUUCGGGAACGGAGAGCCAAGAGACUUGCUUCAAAUGCUUCUGAUAGACUUAAAAAAAUUGCGGGUCUGAAUGGGUCGGAAGUUACCGGUACGGCGGUUGCUGAACAAGAGGUUUCUGAGCAAAAUGGUAAAGAUUCUAAGAACGAGUCAGAUCUAAAUGAAAGUGUUGGAAGAAACGGAAGUUUGGAUACGGAACAUACAGAAGGAGAAUUCGUGCUUCCUGAUCUAUCCAAACUCAAUGUGGCUGACCCAUUGCAUAGGAACUCAUCGGAGGAAGAUAACGUGAUUGACGAUGAGAUCGAUGAAACAGAUAUGGAUAAACUGAUGCAAAACAUUUUUAGUAAAAUGGAACAUUCAAAGCAGCACUCAGAUGAUUCUUCUUUGCCUUCAUUGCUUCCUGAUGAUUUUAUGAAGACUAUGUCAUCGAUGUUAAAGCAGUCGGCAAAGAAUGGUGGACAAGGGCAGUUACCCGAUCUUGCAAGCAAAAUCCAAGCUGAAUCGCAUGAAAGUUCUGUGAAGAGUGCUACACAAACAAAAUAUGAGAAUGACAUGAAGCGCUAUACUGAAUAUGAGAUUACAAGAAUCAAUGUAUAUUUCACUCUAUUUCGCUUUCUUGCGAUAAUAGCUAUAAUUACUAUUCAUGUUGCAGGGUAUACAGACUAUACAGCUUCAUUUGAAAACUUAAGACCAUCAUUUCAAGAUAAUAAGCACUCUUUUUGGUCUCGUUUUCAAUUCUGGUCUAAUGGGGAUAUGAUUUUGCGGGACGCUAGAUCCAGUAGAUUCUGGACAUACUUUAUGACGUUGGAAGUUAUAGCCUCAAUGUUAUAUUACUCAAUUCGUUCAAGGUUACCCGAAUCUAGCCCGCAGAUAAUAACCAUGCUUAUAGGUUUUAUUCCUUCUCGUUUCCAAGGAUUAGCUCAUACUGCUACCCGCCAAUUUGACGUCUUAUUGCGUUUUAUCACCGACCUUGCAUUUGUUAUAGUAGUUAUGGGAUUACUAACAUACUUUUUUGAGAAAAAUAACUGA